AUGGGUGUCAAGCAGAUCCGGCCCGCAAGGGUCUACAAGGCCGCCGAAAACGAACUGCGCAACAGAAUCCUCCAGAACAAGCCCAUCCCCACGCCGCCUUGGUUCGAAGUCGUAAACUCCGUCCCCCCCUCCGAGAACACAGUACGGACAGUCGCUCUGCGCCACCGCGCCCCCAGCAAGAAGGCCACCAAGCCCCGAAACCUCUACCGACCCCAGCAGAUCACGUACCCCGAGGACAGCCUCCGCAGCACCUUCUACAAAGACCAUCCCUGGGAGCUGGCGAGGCCGCGGAAUAUCGUCGAGACGGACGGCAGGGACGCGCAGCGCUAUGACUGGAGCCGUGGGCUGCGACAGCGCGGCAUGCAGCUGUCAGGUGAAAGCGUUGUACAGCGCCAGCUCUGGCUGAUGGAAAACCAGCAAAUGGGCCGCGAGAAGGCAUAUGACCAAGCUCGCCGCGAGUUCUACCGCCUGCGACAGGAGGAGGAGAUUGAGAGGCGAGUAGCGUUGGAGGAAGCGAAAUAUGUCGGUGCCUACUUUGGCAAAUCAAGACUCGACGUGGGUCUCCAGCUUGAGAACGCCGAGUACGAGAAGUGGAAGGUCUGGGCCGCCAAGGAGUCCGAGAGGCGGGAGGCGCUACUUCAGGAGAGCAGGGCCGCCGACUUUGAGGAUGAGGAUGCUGAUGUCGAGGCUCUCGAGACGCCGGGAGCUGCAACUGAAUCAUUAGGAGCAGCAGAGAGCCGAUGA